AUGGCGACCGUGGUGCCCCGCCUAGAACCUAACUUUUCCGCUCCCGUACAAACCUUCCCCAACCAGAGUCAGACCGUCAAUCAAAAUCCGAACCAGAACGAAAGCGAUGGAGGUUACAAGCAGAAUUUAAAUCAGCGACUUCUCUGUCGCGAUUGCAAUGAAGAUCCUCCUAAUCUCGUCGAAGAGUUCUCCUCUGGAGACAUGGUUUGCGGCUCUUGUGGUUUAGUCCUUGGUGAUCGCAUCAUUGACACACGAUCUGAGUGGCGUACCUUCGCCAACGACGAUCAAGGCAACGAUGACCCUUCUCGUGUUGGCGACGCUGCGAACCCUCUCCUAAACGGUUCCCAGCUCGAGACCAACAUCGGCUUCGGUGAAGGAAUGCGCGCGAGAGAGCUGCAUCGUGCCCAGAGUCGAAUCACCAACGACAAAGCCACAAAGACGCUCUUAACUGCCUACCGCGAUAUUACGCAGUUUUGCGAUGCUAUCCACAUCCCGAAAACCAUCCAGGAUUCGGCGAAACAUAUAUUUAAGAUGACCGAGGACAAGAAAUUGUUCAAGGGAAAACCCCAAGAGGCGGUCGUAGCUGGCUGUAUCUUCAUAGCAUGCCGACAGGCCAAGGCACCGCGGACAUUCCGUGAGAUCUACUCUCUUACUAGAGUUUCGAAGAAGGAGAUCGGCAGGACGUUCAAGGUACUUGAGAAGAUGUUGCAGAGCAGCCGUGAUGAAAAUGUUACGGGCUCGUUCCUUAUGGUCGAGAACUACGAGGCUACCGGCACGACCGGUGCAGCUGAGCUAUGUGCUCGGUAUUGCAACAACCUCCAGUUCAAGAAUCCCCAUCUUAUGGAAAAGAUAUCCAAAGUUUUGGCCGAGAAGAGUUCUUCGCUCAAAGAUCUGGCUGGCCGAUCUCCUCUGUCGAUCGCUGCCGCAUCUAUCUAUAUGGCAUCUCAUCUUAUGGGCGACGCGAAAACGUCUAGAGAUAUUGCCGCUGUAGCUGGUGUCAGUGACGGUACCAUUAGGACGGCUUAUCGCCAUAUGUAUCCGUCUCGCAAGGAAUUGAUCGAACCGGAUUGGCUUCACCCGAAAGGUGCUGGACGUAUGGAAAACCUUCCUUCGAAUUAG